UGAUAAAGGAGAGUUGUUUUGGUGCUGCGGUUACCAGACUGACAAAGCUCAAGUACCUUUUCCUCCGAGCCCCCACCUGGGAUCGUUCCCUCCACCUCCCCUUCUGCCUUCCCCAUAAACCGAUUAAGGAACCUGGUUUACUGCAUUUCUUCUGGAGGGCGACUGCUCUGCUUUUUUCUCCGUUCUUUGUAAAGCUCUGAUCUCCCUGUGACUGGCUGUCGACCUCUUUGCUUUAAUGCACCAGACCGUGAGAGGAAACCUCGCUCAUCUCUGCGCUCGGGAAACAAGUAUCGACUAUGCCUUGAACCACCCGAGGAUUGAUCCUAUCUGUAGGCUCUCCUCACUUUCCUCUGGCUCCCCAGCCAUCUUAGACAUUGUUUUUCUGCGUUGUUGCCUUCGGUCAGCUCCCCGGAGCUACUGGAUUCAGGCAGAUGCCGAUGCCCUGGACAUCAGCACUAAAGUGCAGCUGUAUGGCGUGCUCUGGAAGAGACCCUUUGGGAGGCAGUCAGCCAAGUGGUCCAGAAGGUUUUUCAUCAUCAAAGAAAGCUUUCUGCUUUACUACUCUGAAAGUGAAAAAAAAAGCUUCGAAAGCAAUAAAUAUUUCAACAUCCAUCCUAAGGGUGUCAUACCUCUGGGAGGCUGUCUGGUAGAAGCCAAAGAAGAGCCCAACAUGCCCUAUGCCAUGAAGAUCUCUCACCAGGACUUCCAUGGCAACAUCGUGCUGGCUGCAGAAUCAGAGUUUGAACAGAUCCAGUGGCUGGAGAUGUUGCAAGAAUCUGGCAAAGUGACUUGGAAGAAUGCCCAGCUGGGAGAAGCCAUGAUCAAGAGUCUAGAGACCCAGGGUCUGCAGUUGGCCAAAGAGAAGCAAGAGUAUUUAGACAAACUGAUGGAAGAAACUGAAGAAUUGUGUCUUCAGAGAGAGCAGAGAGAGGAGCUUGAACGGCUCAAUCAGAUCCUGGAGGCUGAGAAGCAGCAGUUUGAAGAAGUGGUUCAGGAGCUGAGGACGGAGCAGGAGCAAAUCAAGAGGGAGCUGGAGCUGACAGCAAGAUGCCUCAGCGGGGUGGAGCAAGAGAAGAAAGAGCUGAGAAACCUCACUGAAUCCUUACAGCAGACAUUGGAAGAACUCUCCAUAGAGAAGAAAAGAACCUUGGAGAUGCUGCAGGAGAAUGAGAACCAGGCGCAGACUCAGGCCAGUCAGAACCAGCAGCCCCACCCCAGUGGGGGUCUCCAUUGCAACCUGCGGCAGAUUGAGGAAAAGAUGCAACAGCUUCUGGAGGAGAAACUCCUUGCAGAGAAGAGGAUGAAGGAAAAUGAAGAAAGAUCGCGGGCACUGGAGGAGGAACGGGAGUUCUAUUCCAGCCAGUCACAGGCCCUGCAGAACUCUCUGCAGGAGCUGACAGAGGAGAAGCAGCAGACCGAGAGGGACCUCAAGGCUGAGAUCAAGGUCCGAAUGGACCUUGAGAAGAGGCUUCGGGAGGCAGAAGGAGCCCUUCGGAGUCUGGAACAAGGGCUCAACUCGAAGGUUCGAAACAAAGAGAAAGAAGAGAAGAUGAGGGCUGAUGUCAGCCAUCUGAAAAGGUUUUUUGAGGAGUGUAUAAGGAAUGCUGAGUUGGAAGCCAAGAUGCCCGUUAUCAUGAAGAACUCAGUGUAUAUUCACAAGGCUGCUACCCGUCGCAUCAAAAGCUGUCGUUUCCAUCGAAGGAGAUCUAGCACAUCCUGGAAUGACAUGAAACCUUCCCAGUCUUUCAUGACAUCCCAGUUGGAGGCCAACAGCAUCGAGGAGCUCAAGGAGGUGGCCAAGAGGCUGAGUCGAGACCAGCGUUUCCGAGAGUCCAUUUACCACAUUAUGCUGUCACAGCCUGGGCCCAACCCUGCCCUUCCCCGGGGUGGGAAGUGAUCUUCUGUCUUCCUUCCUGGCAUCCCAUCCCGGCUAUUGCCACCUCCCACCCCAGGAGUGGGAGUAAGGGCAGGAAGGUCAGCCUCCUUGCUCUUUCUCCACUUUGUUCAGGAGCACCUCUCUCUCCUUGUGGGGAAAUCACUGCAUUAGUAAUGCCACUCUUCCCCACAAAGAACAAUGGUAUAUAUGUGUGUCAUUCCCCAAAUCUUUCCUACCCCCAGGUCAGUUUUUCUGAUCUUGGAUUAAUUGGUCUGAUCUCUGCCCCCUCCCUAUGUACUAACUCUUUCCCUAAGGCCACCAAUCUACAUGUUACUUGGUAGGUAGCCUUGGUAAGGAUGGUUGGCUUGAGACACACACACACACACACACACACACACACACACACACACACACACCCCUGUAUGUAUGUAUGUAUUUGUCUUUAUACCCUUUUCCUCCAUCUGCUGACUCCAAGUGAAGGAGUUAUACCAUUACCAGCUGCCUACCUAGCUGCUAUCCUCAGUGAAUUCCCUUGGUGCCUCCAUGAUGCACAGAUAUAUUCAAUCAGGCAUGCAGGAGUUUGCUAUCAAUAUAUUUUCUCUGUACUGUACAUAUGCCCCAUCCUUUCUCCUCUUUCCUCUUCCUCUCUUUUCCUCUGUCAGCCUCCUUCUUGUCAUGCUUUCCUAUUCGUCCCAUGUCCAUAUUUUACUUCUGUCCUUGGCUCUCUCCCUUGUCUCUAACUCGGUGAGGGCUUCCCUGCCACUUUUAAUGCUUCCUGGUGCUAGAUGUCCCCCACCCUAGCCAAGGGCUGACUCUCCUGUAGCCCUUGAUCUCUUACUCUAAGCCACAAAUGCCAAAUAGGGGCCUCUGAGGAUCUCAGCUCAUUACCAUGUCCUCGGGCAUAGAAUCAUCUCUCACCAAAUGCUCAAGGACUAGGUAGUUGGUCCUCCAUGGUGGUCCCUGGGUUACUUGACUCACCAGCUGAGCCCAGCAAAAUACUUCCUAGACCACUGCUCUCCAGAGUUGUCUGAGAUCCACAGAAGGAUGAUGUGGCUGGGGGAGCCAGUGCAAAGUAGCAAAGUUCUUGCUGGAUAUGGAAACAGAAAAGAAGGGAUCCAUAAAAGGGGCCAUUACAAGAGGAGGUUAGGUCCAGGAGGUAGGAAGAGGUGACUUCUGCAUUAUAAAUCCCUUUCAUUGCCUCUGAGUAAAAUAAUGAGAAAGGUGAAAUGUCAAGGCUGGUCUGAAGAAACUCCUUGGGGGCCACAGAUUCUGUUGGAUCAAAUGUUUAAGCUGCCAGGUCCAUGUGUGAUCACAAGGACUUCUUUCUCCAUCGGCUUAUGCCUUUUUUACUGAUAGGGUCAUAAAUGUAAAGUUGGAACUGACCUCACAGGGCAUCUAAUCUAACUGAGGACCAGGGAGUUUAAGUCAUUUGUCCAAGGUGUCAGAGGUGAGAUUUGAACCUAAGUCUUCAGACUCUAGAGCCAAAGGUCUUUUCCAUUGUGCUACAGUGUAACCCAAACCAUAGAGACAUUUUUUUCUUUUAGAUUCUGGCUCAGAAAGACUGGUUCCAUAAAAAUGACUCUAUCAGUCCUUGAAUAUAGUGAGACAAUGCCAGUGACAAGGGUUCUUUGCCAGAAUGUGUCAUUUGUUGUCCAAAAGUCUAAAAUCUGUUGGUACAGUUUCCAUGGCAUGAUACUACCUACCCAGAAGCAGUUUCUGCAUUAAACAAAGUAUUUAGGUUCAUUUCUCCCAUCUUAGGAUGGAAAAGUCUGUCCUGCUCCUUCUUUUCCAAACCACUUGCCAUUAUCUGUCUGCAGUCCCUGUGCUUGUCCCCUAAAUAAGGUGUGACCCAAGUAAUCAGGAAGAGAAUCUCUGGUAUUGAAGGUACAGAAUCUCUGGUACUGAAAAUACAGAGUGAAGAGUUAGUAUUUAUGAUGAGCUGAAAGCUAAGGAGUCAGACCUUGGUACUAUAAUGACCAAAACAGAAAAUGGAGAUCUAUUUCCUUAUUCUCCAAAGCUUCAGAGUCUUCUUCCAUCAGAAAACCAGCUUUCUAGUCACAUGCCCAUGUCCACCACUGGUCCAGAUAAAGCCCAGGGCAUCUGGCUUCUCUUCUCUGUGUGGUUUUAAUUAGUUAGGUUAACUCAAACAGUUGUCUCUCUGUGAUGGGGACCUAGCCAGCCUCUUCAAAUACCUGGUAAAGGUUGGCUCAGAAAUAAACUAAAAAAAGAGUAUUGGAAAGAAUCUAUAUGUAAGAUACAAACCUGAAAUUGUCACAUCUCCUAUGCAGGGUUAGUGGGUUUUGAAAAGGGUGGUGGCAAGUACAUUUUUUUUAAAUAAAGAGAAAGGGGUUUAAAAUUUUGAAAAAGCUAAAUGAAUGAACACUUUGCUCUUGGGAAAAUGCUUUUUGGAAAUUUCCAUAAGAAUUUGUUUUCUGGGUAAGAAAGCAAUAAGGGCAUAAAAGGAAAUGGGAAAAUUUUUCUGUGCUCCGGAACCAAACUUAUUACUUAUUUUUCUAUCCUAUUUUCUCUAUGUGCAGUGCGUACUUUUCCAUUGUCCAAGCCAGACAGGAAUGUCUUCUAUUCAGUCAAUCAACUUACAACUAUUUAUGGAAACGGGAAAAAAAAUCAACCUGUCUGAAAAAAAUGUAUCUAGUUAGAACAUUCUGAACUGGUUUUUAACUUUUAAAAACAAAAAUAUUUCUUGGCCAAAAAUGCAGUACUAAAAAGUGGUCAAGUGAUUGCUGGAAGAAUGCUGCUCCCUGCAGGUUACAUGCAAAUUUGGCCCUCCCAAGUAGCUCCUAAAAGUCCAUGUGUAUAUUUUAUGGCACAGUGCUGGGCUAGCCCCUUAGCACUUUCUCUUUUUCAGACUCUGUCUUAUAUAAUCCUCCCCACUAUGGCACAAUCUACUAGCUUCAUUAUCUGUGCUCAGUCCCUGAGGUCCUAAAUGUCCCUGUGCAAGAAGGGUGCUCAGCAGGGCUCUUUCCCAAUGAGAAAGAGUGCCAGAGGGAAAGGGUUGACCUGUCAGCAUGCUAUCUGAGCACUGCUGGUCUCCACCUGGCCUAAAGAGAUAUUCAAUAUAGAAAGCACAGAGUACCCAGAUUUGAGAUCUUUCCAUCCCCAGUGAGGGAGGGACUGUUGUCCUCUUUGUUCUUUUAGUAUCUGGCUCUAGCCCAGAAUGGUUCAGACUUUGCAGAGGUAUGCUUUUUGAGCCAUUGAGAAUUAAACUCCCUAUUUUAAGCUGUUCUGCUAAGUCAGUGGCAUUUAUUAAAACACCUACUGUGUGAUAGGCACGGUGCUACAUACUUGGGGAUACAAAGAAAAGCAAAAGACAGACCCUGCUCCCAAGGAGCAAACAGUCUAACAGGGGAGACAAUACACAAACAAUUCUACAAAUAAGAUGUAGACAGGGUAAAUUGACAGUGGAAAAUGUCAGAAGUUGAAUUCUCUUCCCAUUUCUACCAGGGGUGUGUAAUGUUUGCCUCUGAUUUGUAUCACCCUGGACAUGGGAAAAUGGUCACUGGUACUUGCCUCCUUCUCUUUCCCCACCUGAAUGGAGUAAUGGAAACUGUAAUGCAUAGGGAACCCUUAAGAAAGAUGGCAUAUAGGGGCAGCUAGGUGGUGCGGUGGAUAGAGCACUGGCCUUGGAGUCAGGAGGACCUGAGUCCAAUGCGGCCU